AUGAUCUCAUCUCGGCUCCUCUUCCUAUCGUUGGCAUGGCUCACUUUGGCUUCGAUGGUCUCGGCUCAGAACUUCCUUGGAGGAUCGCUCACCUGGGCGAUCGAUCCAAACUUCCUGUCGGAUGCCAGCCAUCGCGUCAUCGAGUUCAAGCUGCAGACCUCCUUCAUCAAGACCGCAGAUGUGAAACUCUCAUGUGUCUUGAACGAAGGGUCAGCAAUUCAAUGCUCAGGCACAUUCAUCAGCCAACGUUUCGGUAGGCUUUGCACAGUUGCAUACAAGUACUCGAAGAAUCCGAACAACGAUGACGUGGUGUUGACCCCAGCCGACACCACGGCACAAUCGACCGACUGUCCAGGAGUGGACAACGCUUUCACCGUCACUCAAAUUCAAGACAUCAACAAGGUGACGGUGGUCAGCGGGGAGCUCAAGGUUUCUGUUACGGUUGGUCCGACGGAGGCUGCUGUUCUUGCCUACCUCAGGAUCCCUGGGGCAACCACAGCAACUCCCUCCGACGGCCUCUUUCUCCGUCAGUGUGUCCGGGACAGCCCACAGCCCUCCCCUUGCAGGUUGAACCCUGUCAGUCAGAACAUCUGGUCGGACCCGUACUGGAAGGGCUUGUUCUCGGCUGAUGGGGAGGGGUCCUGGUUCCAAUCUGAAGCCACGGCUCCUGCUCUUGCUACCCUGCAGGCGCUGGCUGUGGUCUGCCCUAGCACUGCGUCUUCUGCUGUCCCUGGGCGCUACUGCUCCAGCGCUGCGGACAUCGAAAAGCUCCAGAACUUCUACUCUCCUCGUCCAGGGUUUCCUCCCAUUGUUGAGGUGCCUACCAGCGUUGCGACAGAGAGCGCGGACCUCUUCACUGCAGACCAGCGCUCGUUGGCUCCUUUCAAGAACUGGUUUUUCAGUGACAAGACCGCCCCCUACCCUCCAUUUCGGCUCAAGGCUGCCGAUUACGAUGGGCAGGAGGUAAAGCAGUUCUUCCUGAGUGCGCAGUCUCCGGGGCUCCAGUGCUGGGGGGGAGACAUCAACGGCUCCCAGGCAGGCAGCGGCCAGUGGCCUUACCCCUUCGACAGCUCCGCUGUCUGCAGCCAAUUCUAUGACGGUGAUGGAAGCAACGGUGCAACCGUCAAGUUCGACUUCAACUUUGCGAGUUUGUGUGCCAAUGUCUCCGAGUGCAACGCGUCCUCCACCUUCACCCAGCACCUGGUCUUGGCGGCUGAUCGACCCUUCCCCGACGUCGACAAUCCGUCAGCCAACGUAACCUGGCCAUUCUGGCAGAGUGAGGCGAACCUUCCGAAAGGAGCCCUGGUACAAUCUAUCUUUGCAGCCUACCCCUGUUACUCGGGUGAGGCCAACCAGGCCCCGGUCAUGAUGAGGUCCCUGGGUCAAUUUGACUCCUCUUCUAGAGUCGUGACGUUGGACUCAAACUCCUUUGACGUGCCGUCAGAGUUCACGUGCAAGGCGAACGAGGAAUGCAAGUUCCCGCUCUCCGCUCAGGAUUUUUCCAUCUCGGCCGAUGGGUGCCCUUCUCCCGACAACUCGUGCUCCGACCGGCCCGACCCCCUCAACUGCUCGACUUUCACGCACGACUAUUAUCGGUCUUGCGACACUGUGCGGAUUGAAUUCGCUCCUUUCUGGGAGUCAGGAAACGGAAGCCUUGUAGCUGCUAGGUGCUCCAAGUCGGAUGUGCAGUGCAGCGUAGACUCGGACUGCGGAGUGGACGGGGGAGUUUGUGAGGCUCAGCCAACGAAGGAUUGCGAAGGUGUUGGAGCUGUCAAGUGCUUCUUUAGGGAAUACUUCUCGGAGCAACAGAUCGGAGCAACUGUGACUCGCUGCUUCACCUCUAAGGACAUUCAUAAUGCAGACUCGCCGAAGUUGACCUGCCGAUCGCUCCCUACCUGCAUCAAGAUCAGGAUCGAAAGCCACUCCCCGCAGUUCGUCGCCCCAACGCCGAUGGACGAGAACUCCUACGACGAUCUAGGUAACCUGGUGCCGGGACGGACAGACGUGCAUGUCUGUGAAGGAUACCCGAUGGCGUUCAAACUGUCUGCUGAAGAUCCUGACCAAGGGGAUCAAGUGAGGAUCUACGUCGAAGACAAGGACGUGGACCUGGCAAACUACAACCUGGACUUCUUCAAGAUCUAUGAGAACAGCCUUGGGGUCAACAACCUUGUCUUCCCCUCGCAGUGCUCAGGUUCGUUGGACGGUAAAGGGUUCAAGUCUUAUGGGGGGACACGUGCGGGAGACAACGGCCAGCAGAACAGCGUCGAGCCGCUCAGCUCUGCCCAGCCGAAGUCGAUCGUCUCAGACUACGCUUCCAGUGUGCUUUACACGACGAAGCCACUCCAAGAGAUCCGCUACUUGUUCAACAUCACACAAGGAAACGGGAUCAUCGUGAGAACGCUGCAAGCUUGCAACAACACGGGCAGCAACGUCGACACAUAUGACUGCCGUGAGAAAAUCCUCAACAUGGACCAGGUUAUCUGUGGGGUCGCAUAUGACAACUCAAGGUUCCGCGCAAAGCGAUGGGUUGGAAAGGCAAAUCCCAACUCACCCACGCUCCCCAGCUAUCUCAGAGAUCACAGCAAUGGCGACAUGACGUCAGCUCCUCGCUGCUGGAGGAUCAGGCUGCAGGCUCCUCCUGUCUUCGUCACGGACCCUUCCCUCACCGCCUCUCCCUUCGGACGUCUCGUCCUGAACGGCCUGGACUCCAGCAGCCCCGAUUACAAAUCGUUCGUGGUGGGCAUCGGCUCAGACUUCUCGGCCACCUUCAUCGCCCAGGACCCGAACCCCAAGGACGUCAUCUCGCUCUUCGUACUCGCAGACCCUGGCAUGCCAGCAGGCAUGACGGCCAGCCCGACCAUCUGUAUCCCCCGGCUGAUCAAGUUGCAGAACGAGAUGUGCAUGGCUCAGGACCACAAGGGAGAGUUUCCCAUCAUCCUCAAUGGCACUGACUCCAAGUGCAGCAAGGCAAAACUUGUCCUGUCGUGGAAGCCGCAGUUGACUCAUGUCGGUCAAACUUAUCAGAUCUGCGUGCAAGCGCGGGAUGACUCCACCUCCUGCGCCGGAAAGGGGCCUGCAGCCUCUGCUGCCACGUCCAGGGGGUGGUACGGGGAGAAGCAAUGCAUCUCCCUUUCAGUCGCCAUGCCCAUGGUCACUUGGGACAACUUCGGCCCCAACGAGAUCGACGCCUACGUCGGCUGCACAGCCUGGAUGGAGGUCAAGGCCUCGACCGUCGUCGGCUAUCACGCGGUCAUCUCCUCCAGCGGGACGGCGCCAGCUGGGUCAGUGCUGCAAGGGGCGACUUCCAAAGAGGUCAACGGUCGCAUUCAGGCCACCAGGCGGUUCAUGUGGAUGCCUCAACGAGGAAGCGAAGGGCAGCAGCACCUGGCUUGCUUCACCGCUAGCGACAACGUCGGGCAUCAGACGCUCCAGGUGCAAUGCUGGACCUUCCGCGUGCAGAAGUGCCAGUACUGCAUCCAAUCGGGCGACACGCUGAGGGAGGUCAUGAAGGACUACGGCAUCGACACUAACUGGUUCAGGCUAUGGCUCCACAACGGCAACCCCAGCCCAGUGGAGGCCGAGGCAAGGAUCGACAACCCUGACCUCAUCGUACACCCGCUCCCUAGCGCGACACUGCCAGGCAACCUCAGCAACUACUAUGGCUUCCCGAUCAUCUGGGUUGGCCUUCUCUACCAGAUCAAAGGGCUUGAGAGCUUCAGCUCGACUGCCGUUCGCUUCCAGACCACCAUGGCAAGCAUGCUCUCUGUGAACCCCGACAUCAAGAGUGAGCAGGACGUGCUGGGGAAGACGCCCUUGGUCUGUGUUGUCCCGUGCACGAAGCCACUCACAGCCGUAUGA